CUUUUAUUUUGACGUCACCGUCGUAACUUCCGGUGUUUACGUCUGUGGCGAACCUGGCACGGUGAGCACUUUGUGAUGCAACUACACACAUACGACACCCCUCGCUUGGAGUGCUGUCACACAUCCCGGCCUUGAGUUGUUGCACUUUGGGCACUCGCUAGUCUCAACGUACGCCGCCGAAACAUGUUCUCAGCUCCGGGGCCCCUCACGCCAUGUUAGCUCUCUGCUACUUCACUACUAGCCGCUAAUGAGCGCGGGGGCGGCCGCCACAGCCCGACCACGGAAUGCCCCGCAGGAAGAAGAGCGGCCAGAGCCCGGCCAGAGCCCCCGGCGGGUCGCCGGAGCGGGGGAGCCUCGGCCACAGCAGCGCUCACCGAGACCCGGCGGGGUCAGACGGCGCCAUGGCAACCAACUUCCCGCCCAGCGCGUCGCUCUCCAGCUCCGCCAAGCAGAAGAUCGUCAGCAGCAUGCAGGAGAUGUUCUCGCACCUGGACCCCGAAGUGCUGUACAUCGUCCUGUCCGAGGCCGACUUCAAAGUGGAAAAUGCCAUGGACUCCCUGUUGGAGCUUUCUGUGGCUGCCGAAGUCGCCGCGCCGCCACCUUCCCGAGUCUCCGGCUUCGAGCGCACCGCCGCGGCCCUGCUCAGCCCGCGUCGCUUGUCUGGACCCGGGGAAGACUCCUCCAGACCGUCCCAGCUGCUCCCCCCAUUGCCCACUAGCCCCCUGACAGAAGAUCUGGACCGUCUCGUCGACCAGGAGCUACAGGCACUAACUUCACGGCGAGGCGUAGAGGAAGCGCUCCGCGGCAGCCAGUACUUACCCGUCGGGGCGUCCCUCUGCUCCCCGCCCCCGCUGCCGUCCCAGCAGCAGGUCCUCCCUGAGCUGCUUCAGGCCAGCCAGCAAACUUCGCUUGACCAGCUCUGUGUCUGGGGGGGCAAAGUCGCUGAGCAGCAGCAGCAGCAGCAGUCGGUGGUCAACUUCACACAUCUGAUGACCGAGACGGCCGAAGACCAGCUGAAGCCCCCUCUGGAUCUGGCGACCUCGGGGCGUCCGUCCGCCUUUCAGAGGUAUAAAAAGCAGCAAGACGUGUCCCGUGCUCUCUUAGACGAGACCACGGUCGCUCCCUCUGAAGGUGUAGUCGGUGGAGCCAGAGCCAAGACCAACCCGUUGACCCAGCAGACGCUUGGCAACGUGUCCCUGCCCUGGAACCCGGGCGCACCGCCUUUUUCUCCCCGCGUCCACGGAACCCAGGGGCCAGUCUUCAUUACCCCCGUGGCUCAGUCCCCGUCCGUGUGGUCCAACCAGGCCGGGCUCUUCCCUCCCUGGUUGGGUCCGGGUCCCGCCUCCGGCCGAGCACCUCUCAGGCCCGCCGCCGCCAUCCCAAAGUCCUGGGCCCUGCCUGCCGCCCCGCAACCCCCCGCCCAGCACAGCAGGCUGCGUCUGGAGGGGAAGGUGCUCGUGAUGCUACGCGGGGCUCCAGGGUCCGGCAAGUCGACCCUGGCAAGAGCCCUCGUAGAGCACAACCCGGGCGGAGUUGCACUGAGCACGGACGACUACUUCAGUCGCAAUGGGGUUUAUCAGUAUGACCCUGCCGCUCUGGGGGAGGCCCACGAGUGGAACCACAAACAAGCCAAGGAGGCGUUUGACCGGGGGGCCAACCCCAUCAUCAUCGACAAUACCAACAUGCAGGGCUGGGAGAUGAAACCCUACGUGGCUCAGGCGCUGAAGCAUGGCUACAAGGUGCUGUUCAGGGAGCCGGACACUUGGUGGAAGAACAAGCCCAGAGAACUGGAGAGACGUAACUCACACAACGUGCCGGUGGAAAGAAUCCGACGCAUGCUGGACAACUACGAGCGCUUCGUCACGGUCCAGUCCAUCAUGGGCUCGCGGAUGCCCGAAACAAAACCGCGGCUCCAUCUGGAGAACAGCAGCUCGCAGCUGGUGACUUCUAAAACACCUUGUCCUGACCUUGUGGGACUGCCGGGAUGGUCUGCGGGGUGUGAGACGUCUCGGCUGUAUUCCUCUCUCCCCGACGUGUCCUCUCUCGGCCGUUCUAGUGGAGUGGGAAUGCUGGACGAGGGCUCCCAGGAAUCCACGGAGUCCCUCAAUUUCCAACCCACUGGAACCGUCGCGGAGCGCGCGGCCGCGCGCGACAGGCUCGAUGACGUGGAUUUGGGCGAGUUGGAUUCCGGGUCAGAGGCCCAGUCGGAGUGGAGUCUUCCAACCGGAGAUCAGAGCAUCCCGGACUGCAUCGUGGAGUCUGUGAUGAGGGUCGAAGAUCCCCGCGGGGACGAGACGCCCGUGGAUUUCUCUAAAUCCACUGCGCAAAGAGUGCGCAGAGAAAGGCCGAGUAGGAGGUCUUGUUUCGACGGGUCGCAGCCCACAGACCUGGUGAAGGACACUAACCAAUCAGACGGCGAGGCAGAAGGCGCUGGGACGGCGAGGGAUGGGGGAGAGAAGGGAAGGCCUCCGGUGCUGGAUUUUCUAGGAGAUUGGCCUUCCGCAUGGUCCCUCGAGCAGCGACCGGCGAGGAGCAGAGGAGGUUCUAAAGACGGGGACGGGAAGGACGAGGAACGCGUGCGUCCUGAAGCAAAGUCGCAACCGGGACCCGAUGUGACGGAAUUUCAGAAGCUCCUUGAUCUCAUUCAGACGGGGGCGGCCGACAUCCGGGCGGCCUCUUCCGGUUCGUCCUCGCUCUCCCAGAGCUCUUUGGAGGAACUGGAGGAAGAAGAGGCGGCGGCGGUGAAGAGCAGCAGAGGGGAGCUACCCGACUGCGUGCUGGACUGGAAGGCGGCUGACUCUUGUCAGGUCAGAGGGCCGACAGGCGGUUGGGACGGUAUUGCAAGGGGGGGAAAUGAAGCUGCAAGCGCCACUGGAGGAAAGGAUAAGACGUUGGGGAUCGGCAGCGAAUCUGUGGACAUGAAAGCAACCGACCCGACAAAUCCCACCUCCGCUCUCGAUGCUCAUUCGCUAGUCCUCUCCGAAACGGCGGCGGCAAAUGUUCGCCACAGUGUCGAAGGGGAUGUUGCUGCCGGACCGGCCGCUCGGCCACCUGGCGCGGACAGGCCGGAGGAUGGCGGGGAGGCUGAAGCUGAUGCGGGUCACGUUAGCGCCGCGGGGGAGAGUCCUGCGGGGGAGAGUCCCGCGUGGGAGGGCGGCGACAGCGGUGCUCUCAGCGGAGGCAGCCAGGAGAGAAAGCUCCGCCCGGGUCGAAGGUCGGGGAAACAGUGCAAACUGGCGCUCACCUUCACUCACAACUGCCCCGCUGACCCCCACAGUGCUCUCGGAUUUCCCGACAGCGCAGACCACGGCGCGAACGGCGUCCAGACCAGCGCCGGCACAGACGUGGGCGCGGACUGCAGCCCGAGCCCCGGCUUCCACCCGUCCAGAUCUGACGCGCGCCCGCAGCCUCCGCCCCUGCUUCCGCCGGCAGAGACGGGCAGCCCCACCCAGACGGAUCCUCGAGACUUUGCCCUCCUCUGGCGCCUCAACCGGGGAGGCGACGCGCGCGACCCCCCCCCCGGCGGCGUGGCGGUGCUGUCCGGCGACUCCUCUCGCUUCGUGCCGGAUCUGUCCUCCGCCGCCUCCGCGGCCGUCGCAGUGCACCCGUCGGCCUACAGAGAGGUGCCCUACCAGGUGUCCCACGAGAAGGGCACGCAGGUGGAGGAGACGGAGUGCGCCGCGACUCAGGACAGUCUGGAGAGCUUGCGCAUCCUCAGCCGCCACUUCAAACUGGUUAGUUUUGACACGCUGGAAGAUCUGUACGACAAGUGCAGCCAGGACCUCGAGUGGACCACCAACCUGCUUCUGGACUCUGGAGAGAGGUUCUUCAGAGAGGACGACGAGGGGGAGGAGGACGACGGGGCUGGAGGUACUGAUGAGGGGUUCACCUCCGCUCUGUGUGCAGCUUCAGGGAAUCCUGAAGGGACCCCGUCAGGUCCUGACGUGCAUGUCGAGCAUCGCCCUAACGUCUGGCCCCAGGGAGGCCGGCCUGCAGCGAGUGAGUCACAUGAGAGCGCCGAUAAAACCGAGAAGCAAAGUUCUGGCGAAGCAGCUGAUACGAACAAAGAUCCUCCUGGUAGCGAAAUAUCUCAAGCGGAUGUGAGUGUGCCUCACACGGCGAACGAAGGAGAGCGGCGCGGCGACCGCAAAGCGACACCGGAAGCUCGCCCAGAACCGGCCGCUUUCGGUGGAAGCUUUGAUGACGGAGCGAUAGUUGAAGAGUCCGGAGUUGGAGAGAUGGAGGAGGAGAUCGCCAGCAUGGACGAGGUCCACCGGCUGCUGCAGGCUGAGCUGGACGAGAUGGAGAGACAGCAGGAGGUGGAGGUGGAGGUGGAGGAGGAGACUGCCAGAAGCAGGCACACAGAGGAGAGACGGGGCCUACACCUGGACAUCCGGAGCGUGGAGCUCCGUCUGCCCACUGAAGUGGCGCUGCAGCUAAUUGAGCUGUUCGGCCCCGUCGGAGCAGACCCAGGCUCCUUCUCCACUGAGGACUACGCGGUGCAGAUGGAUCUGAACAUGGCCAAUCUGCUCCACCAGAAGUGGAAGGAAACCAUUCAGGAAAAGCAGAGACGAGCAACUCUUUCCUUUCACCUGCUUCGGGAAACUUCAGCGCACUGGGGGGAGUCACAGGGCGCGUCGCCGGUCAACCAACCGGAUGCGUGCGGCCGGAUUCCUUUCAUGGACCACUGGAACGCGCCUCGCCCCCACGUGUCGCUCCGAGACAUCAUCAAAGAGGAGCAGGCUUUGCAGGAGAACGUGGAAAAAACCAGACAAGGCCGUGCAGACCUGGACCGCCGUGAUGGAGCCGCCCUGUUAAAAGAAGACCAACUGUUCUCCCUCUUCCCCACCAUUGACAGGCACUUCCUCCAGGACAUCUUCAGAGACCACAACUACAGCCUGACGCAGACGGAGCUGUUUCUCCGCUCUCUGCUGGAGGAGGAGCCCGUCAAGACGGUAGUCGCCCCGGAGUUCCCUCGCUCCGACCACCUCCGAGCGGCCAGCAAGGAGCGGGAGAAGAGGCAGCAGCCCCCGGAGUCAGCCCCAGGCGGCUACCAGGAUACAGAGGAGCCAGAGUACGAGGACUUCAGGGCCGAGGCCACACAACAGAGGGCCCGACAGCUCGAGAGCUUCUCCAAGGCUGCCGAGGCCUACAAGCAAGGGAGCAAAGAAGUGGCCGCCUUUUACGCACAGCAGGGACACCUGCAUGGCCAGCGGAUGCACGAGGCCAACCACCGCGCGGCGGUCCAGAUCUUUGAGCGGGUUAACGCCUCACUGCUGCCCAACAACAUCCUGGACCUCCAUGGGCUGCAUGUGGACGAGGCGCUGCAGCAUCUGGCUCAGGUCUUACAGGACAAAACCACAGACUGUGAGCGGGGUCUGUGUCGACCUCAGCUCUCUGUCAUCACAGGAAGAGGGAACCACAGCCGGGGGGGCGUGGCCCGCAUCCGCCCUGCCGUUAUAGACUACCUCACCAACAAACACUACAGGUUCGCUGAGCCAAAGCCAGGCCUCGUGUUGGUGUCUUUGAAGUAAGAAGAACCUGGUUUGCCGGUUUGAAGAUGGUGCUGCUAUGGAGGACCACACACACACACACACACACACACACACACACACUCUCUGUCUCUCUUUGUCUCUCGUUCCACAAUGCCACAUUCUACAGUAUUUACAGUACGGUACACACUCAUGCUCUCAUUUUUCUUUAUCUCUCAUAUAACUAAAUCUUUUAAAUUGAGGUGCAUUUUAGUUCAAAUCUUAAUUUAAUCCUAAUGAGAAGCAUUUUUCUAUUGUGUUUAUCAAAGAUAACCGUGAGCUUGGAAAUCAUUUUUUUGCCUCAGUUAAACUGGAAUGUCUAUACAUUUUAAAUGUAAAAAGGUUUUAUAGAGCGUCAUACUUUUUUUAUCUACGUUUUUCUUAAUGCCUUUUUAAAGUGUGAUAUAAAAGCAACAAUUUAAGGCUUAAUGUUGAAAUGACUAUAUUUAAUAUUUUUUGCAUUCAUGAGUCAUGUUAGAGAUGUAAUGUGAGCAUUUCAGUGGACCUUGAAUGGAGGGUGGCUGCGUGAUGUUUGCUCUCUGGGGAUUUAAAAGACGCGCCAUCCGUGCUUUUAAACACAUGUUACUUAAGUGCAUAUAAUAUAUUGCCGGUAUCUCACCAAACCCGAUGCUGAGCAGGAGGAGAGUUGGUUUUAUCUGUGUGCGGAGGUGAGCAUGACACUCUAGCAGUAAAAGAGGUUAAACACACUCCGUGAGUUCUGCAGCAAUCCGUCUCUUUUUGCCUCGGCAACACAUGGCAACUGUUCAUUUACCUAAUAUAGUUAUAUUGAUACGCAAACUCAGGUAGAAGAUUCUCUUUGGAUGCAAGUCGCGUAUUUGUUGCGGCUUCUUUUAACCCAAUGUGCCAAAUCCUGUGUUCCUCAGGUUUCUACACUAUUUGUAUAGCUUUCAAACACUUCUGUGUUGUAUUUUUUCAUAAAGGGGUAGUGACGAUGUCGAUACAUUUUGAACAAGUGUACAUAAUGUUAUCGAACAUAAAGUGUAUUUUUUUUAUUAAUUUGUUCAACGAUUUUACAGAGAAUAUUGUAUCGUGGAAUAAACUACCAUUUGUUCACUGUUUCA